UAAAAAGGCAAUCAUCGCCGAAGCCGACUCAAUUAAAGUCGAACCUCGAACGGUGAGCAGGCUCUGAGGAGGAAUAUAAAUAUCAAAUAGUAAUAGAAUAAAACAACAGAUUUGAGAGAAAAAUGCUCUUGAUAAACGCAAUUAACUGACAUAAACGAACCAAAGAAAAGAAACAGUGACAAAGAAGAGCUGUUGAAAUCGAAUGAAUUGGGAAGGCUAGUGAUCUCUAAAGUCUGAGCCUGUGAUUAGUGUUUUGUGUUGGUGUUUUUAAAAAAAAUAAAAGGAUCUAGGAUGGAACACGAUAGCUUCGACGAUCCCAUUUUUGGGGACUUUGGCGGCGGUCCGCUGAACCCUCUAGGCGCCAAGCCCCUCCUGCCCACCUCGACUGCGAUGCAUCCCGUGAUGCUGGGCAGUGUCCACGAGCUGUGCAGCCAGCAACAACAACAGCCGCAGCAACAGAGGUUGCCCGACUGCAACACUAUUCUGCCAAACGGAGGCGGGGGAGGAGCAGGUGGCGGUUCUGGUCCCGGAGGAUCUCCCAACUAUGUGCCCAAGCUAGACUUCGUGAACAAGAUUGGGUGUUACUCACCGACGCAGAAGUACGAGUACAUCACUGCCCCCCAGAAGAUCGUGGAGCAGCAGCAUCAGCAACAGCACCAACAGCAGCAUCACCACCACUAUGCGGCUACUCCUCCGCCCAGCCAUAACGGCAUUAUGAUCCAUAAACAGCCCUCCCAACAACAGCAGCAACUGGUGGGGAUCCUGGACUAUCAUCCGAUGAAUGGCAAGCUGGACUACUCGCCCAAAGAUCAGUACGAGCCACAGCAGCAACUGCAGCACCUCUACGGCGGCAGCCCGCAUCACCUGGAUCAUCUGGACCAGCACGGGGGCGAUGCCCUGCUCCAGGACUCCUCCCCAGUGAUGCUCAAUGGAGGUUCAUCGGCUGGAAAACUCAAAAAACCCGAUGAAAUCUGCGGACAGAUGGAGGCGGGUGGCCCUGUCGUCGCUCCGACAACCAGCUCCGCGACGGUGGUCAAUGGUGGGGCAGGAACACCCAACGGCACUUCCGCCAGCUCUGCAGGAGUUCAGGGGGCGGCAGGCACAGCAGGAGGUGUGACAUCCGCUGCGCCGAAGAAGGAGAGCAACAGCAGUAAAAAGAAAGGCGAUCCCAAUGGCAUUAAAAAAAAGAAAACGAGGACAACCUUUACUGCCUACCAGCUGGAGGAACUGGAACGAGCUUUCGAACGUGCCCCGUACCCGGAUGUGUUCGCACGCGAAGAACUGGCCAUCAAGUUGAACCUGAGCGAGUCUAGGGUGCAAGUAUGGUUUCAGAACCGACGCGCUAAGUGGCGCAAGCACGAACCGCCUCGCAAAACGGGGUACAUCAAGACAAGCACUCCGCCGACGGCGAGUCUGAAUCCUGGAACUCUUGCCCCUCCGUUUACCAGCUAUCCACAGACGACGACGGUGACGCCGCCGGGCAGUAUGGAUAGCUGGACCAGCUACCAGACUCCCUACGAGCUGACACCCCAGUUCAGUUUGCUUUCGCCCGCGGCCAGUCCGUACGGCACCUAUUCCGGCCAGUAUGGUGCCUAUGUGCAUGAAAGUCAGCUGUUCCCAAUGCGUCACUUCGAUUACGGCAGCCCGACGCGCAUGGAAAUGGGAACAGCCUCCGGAUCGGUAGCAGGGGGAGGCGAAGACGUGGUGGCCAACGGAACCAGCUACCAGCCGGCGGAAAUGCAGCCCGCUCAGCAUCCGCAGCAACAACAAUUGGCAGAUGGCACCCUGGUAACCGUCCAUACCCACCAGCAGCAGCAACCCCACCAGUCCCAGCAGCAAUUAAACGGGAAGUACCUGAGCGCAGAGGAAACAAAAUACGUGCACCUCCAAUGUCACCAAAUUGGAUCGGGUCUAGAGUUGAGUCCUGGCUCCAACUGUCACCUGGUCGAAUCUCAAGGUCAGCACUAUGUGACAAGUGCCCCAGGCGGAUCCUCUAGCGGUGGUGGUGGUGGGGGUACCAGCAGCGACGACAACGACAGCGGGGGCCUGCAGGCUGUGAUCAAAAGUGAGGAUGCCGCCCAGCAGCAGCAGGCACAGAGCUUCACCCUGCCGCCUUUUUUGCACUAAGGGAAAUGCUCACACAUAGGCGACAACAGCAGAACAGCAGCAACCGCCGCUGGACCACGCCCAUCGUGCCAAGCGCCCGAUUCCGGCGGCCAUUUUAGGUGGGCGUGCGGUGUGCAGCAUUUCAAACCUUGUAUCGUCGGCUGGCUGUGGGGCCACAGGUACCUCCAAGAGCCAGGGAUUUAAAGAUUGAUUUCAAGCGAGAUCCGUUUAAAGUUUCGAAUUUAAAGGUAAUGAUUAAUAUUUUCGAUAGCCAAUUAAUGCAUAACGUGUAAACAUUGAUAUUUAAGCCCGACUGAGUUCCACAAUCCAGAGGCUUUUAGGGUUUUGCUGACCAUGUACACAGAUACAGUCCCUGGCCAUUGUUUUCAUAUUGCCAUAGGUUCCUUUUAGGUUUAAUUUCGCAAGUUGCAACAACAGAAUCGAUAAGUCUUGCCAAAACUUAAGACAUAUUUUAAUUCUAAGUAUAGAUUAAAAACGGCUAGAGGUUCUAGAACAUUUGUAGAACCCAGCCCCCAAUGCAUUCAAAAUGUGCCUUACCGCAUGGAUACAGGGCGGCUCUUCCGCAAAGAGCCCCGGAUCCGUACUACUUUAAGUAUAUCCCUACACCAUUGCAAAAUACUGUUGUUUAGACAAUAAAAUUCUUUCUGUAUUGUAUAUUAGCUCAUUCGGCUUUAUAAAGUUACUACUUACUAAUUUAUCCGCUUUGUAUAUUCGUUUAAAAAUUUGUUGUACCUAAAAUUAAGUUAAUUUAAGUUACGUUAUUGUAUCGUACUCUAGGACAUUUCGCCAGUGUAUAUAAUAGACAUAUGAAUAAAUCGUAUUUUGUACCAAUUACUGACUAAUAAGUUCCAAACAGAAACAAAGCUUAAAAUGUAAAAACAAGGUGCAUAAAGUAUUAUUAUGGGAAUCAUAGAUGUUACACUUUCAAAUAGGAAAAAAAUGGUGGGAAUAGCUUGAAUGUA